UCACUUGAUUCGCGAUAGCUAUCAACAUGAAAGUUCUCUGCGUUUCUCUUCUUCUGUGCCUAGUAGCCUCGGCAUUCGGGGACCUCGAUUCCCGAAUUGUCGGUGGCCGAGAAGCUCCCUCAGGAAAGUUUCCUUACCAAGUCUCCCUGAGACAAAAUGGCAGACAUUUCUGUGGCGGUUCCAUCAUCAGCUCGCGAUACAUCCUCACUGCAGCCCAUUGUGUCCAAGGACUGAGCAACCUGAAAGCCAUCACCGUCGUAGCUGGAUCAACCCAGUUGAACUCGGGUGGAGUUUCUUACGGAGUGGAGAAAGCUGUCUAUCAUAAUGGAUUCAGUCAAAGAACUCUUGUCAACGAUGUAGCUGUAAUCCGUGUCGAUAGAAACAUUGCCUUCAACAAUUUGAUCAAACCCAUCUCAUUAGCCUCUGGCAGCAACUCUUAUGAUGGAGCAUCCUGCGUUUUGUCCGGAUGGGGAACUCUUAAGGCUGGCGGUAAUGUACCAAACAAUCUGCAGUACAUAAACCUGAACGUUCUAAGUGUGGCACAGUGCAAACAGACACACAGCAACGUAGGGAAUUCUCACAUCUGUACUUUCACCAAAUACGGAGAAGGUGCAUGCAAUGGUGACUCUGGUGGUCCUCUUGUUGUCAACAACGUACAAGUUGGUGUCGUAUCCUUUGGAAUACCUUGCGGUGUCGGAAAGCCUGAUGUCUACACCAGAGUGUCAUCUUUCAUACCCUGGAUCAAACAACAACAGACGUACCUCGCAGACACCGAAUUCAGUUUACUUCCCGAAGACUCUGUCUUGUUCGCAACAUCUUUCAACAUGAAAGCUCUCAGCGUUUCUCUUCUUCUGUGCCUAGUUGCCUCGGCAUUCGGAGACCUCGAGUCCCGAAUCGUCGGUGGCCGAGAUGCCUCCUCAGGAAUGUUUCCUUACCAAGUCUCUCUGAGACAAAAUGGCAGACAUUUCUGUGGCGGUUCCAUCAUCAGCUCUAGGUACAUCCUCACUGCAGCCCACUGUGUCGAAGGAAUGAACAACCUGAAGGCCAUGAGCGUCGUAGUUGGAACGAACCAGUUGAACUCUGGUGGAGUUUCUUACGGAGUGGAGAAGGCCGUAUACCAUAAGGACUACGAUGAAUACUAUCUUGUCAACGAUGUAGCUGUGAUCCGUGUCGACAGAAACAUUGCCUUCAACAAUUUGGUCAAACCGAUCUCAUUGGCCUCAGGCAGCAACUCAUAUGAUGGAUCAGCCUGCAUUUUGUCUGGAUGGGGAAGAGUGCAAGCUGGCGGUAAUAUUCCAAACAAUCUGCAGUACAUAAACUUGAACGUUCUGAGUGUGGCACAGUGCAAGAAGACGCACAGCAACGUGAGGAGCUCUCACAUCUGUACUUUCACCAAAUACGGAGAAGGUGCAUGCAAUGGUGACUCUGGUGGUCCUCUUGUGGUCAACGGUGUCCAAGUUGGUGUGGUAUCCUUCGGAAUACCUUGCGGUGUUGGAAAGCCUGAUGUCUACACCAGAGUGUCAUCUUUCGUGUCCUGGAUCAAACAACAACAGACAUACCUCGCAGACACCGAAUUCAGUUUACUUCCCGAAGACUCCGUCUUGGUUGCUUAAACAGAUGAUAAUACUUUCCUAAUUGCUGCUAAUGACUAACAAUUCAAAAUUCUUUUAACGAAAUUAUUUGUAAUGACUGUUUUACUUUUGGCGAUCAUCGAAUAUAAUCAAAAUUUACUGUUGCAAUAAAUAUUUCUUC